UGGAAUUUAGGUGAUUGUCGCGAUACCAUUGGCCGAAAUACUGCUCGCGGGUUCACUGAGUAGAGGCUCUGCACUAGUGUAAGUACUCGACUAAAGUUCUAGGGGCACCUAGAGGUAGAAUUGUGGGCUGGGGGCAUAGCAUGGGAUAUAUUAUGUGUGUGUGUGGUGAAGUAUAAAGUAUAAAGAGUAACAUAGACGGGAAGGGACGCAAAGGGAGAGUAAGCUGUGUACCACGGACGACAACGAGUAACGAGUAGAGACAGUUUGGAAGAGCAGCAACACACAAACCGACCCAAGAGCAUCCAAAAGCGUCCACUGCCAUCCGAACCAAGUACAAGGAAACAGCUAGCUCCUGCUAUUUUAUUGUUUUAACGCACCCGUAAAUACAAAAGUAUUAAAGUGAAAGAUGGCGCGUACAAAGCAGACAGCCCGUAAAUCAACCGGAGGAAAAGCUCCGAGAAAACAAUUGGCAACAAAAGCCGCCCGUAAGAGCGCACCGUCCACUGGUGGAGUUAAGAAACCUCAUCGUUACCGCCCAGGUACCGUCGCUCUUCGUGAAAUCAGAAGAUACCAGAAGUCUACUGAGUUGUUGAUCAGAAAAUUGCCCUUCCAACGAUUGGUUCGUGAAAUCGCUCAGGAUUUCAAGACCGACUUGCGUUUCCAGAGUGCAGCCAUCGGCGCUCUUCAGGAAGCUUCUGAAGCUUACUUGGUUGGUCUUUUUGAAGACACUAACUUGUGCGCUAUCCACGCCAAGCGUGUCACCAUUAUGCCGAAAGACAUCCAAUUGGCUCGACGAAUCCGUGGUGAACGUGCUUAAAUCAUCACAUUUUAUCUAUUAACAAAAGAUUAUCUGAUCAUCAAAAUUACAGUUUGCCACAAUUUGUAUUCUUAUUAUUAAUAAUUAUUGAUAUUAAUAUUCAUUACUACUAUUAUAAUUAUGAUUAUUCGUAAUAAUGAAUAAUACAUCGUAUUCAUUCCUGUUCUUGAUAUUGAAAAAAAAAUUUUCUUUUUAUAGCAUUAUAUUAAACAUUCACAUUCAAUAUAUAUCAUUCAUUACACGUAAGCCACUUUAUUAAAUAUAUCAAUUAUUAUUGUAAUAAAAAUGGUAACAGUUUGCGGUUUCCAAAAGUCAACUAAUUUGUUUAUUAACAUGACAUUUAAUUGUUAUAUCUAAUUCUAAUGAUAAAUAAUUGCAAAAUUAUUACGCGCAAACGAUGUCUGGAUUCGUCGUUACACAUCAAUUAGAAUAUAUUAUUACAUUUUCAUUAAAUCAUCAUUAAUCAUUAAUAUAAUAUAAUAAUUAAAGAUUAUUUGCACACCCUAGUAAUGUGCAUUAGAUUAUAUUACAUUUAGUGUAAUCCAGUUUCUGUAAGAAACAUUGUAAGGUUGUAUUUUUUUUAUUUUUCUCUUUUUUGUUUUUUUGUAUCGAAAUUAAUUAUUCCCUAGGAUAAUGUGCUGGAUUACAUUCAAGUAUUCAUUGUGUGAAAAAUUUCAUAAAUAAAUUUACUAAAACCUUA